AAAACGACUUAUUUUUUGGAACAAAUUUGAAGUGUUUUUUAAAGAGUGUUUGAGAAAUAAUUGAAAAUAUGGCAUGCAUCAUUUUCUUCUGAGAACACCAUAUGCUUACACACUGUAUUAUUCAUUAGAGGGAUGAAUAUCUUAUCUCCUCUGUUUUGGGUUUUAUCCAUUUAAAUCAAUUAUGGUUGUAGAGAUUCAUUUACCGUGUUCAGAUAAUUUUAGUUUUUAACAUGAAAGCCAACUUUUAUAAUCAAGAGCAUUAGUAUUUCGAACUAGAAAUUCUUCCUAGCCUCUUUUCGUUAGUGCAAUGAAAUUUUCAAUUGUUAUUUUUUGUUUUGUUUUCUUCUGUUUUUCAGAAUUCCAAAUAUUCUUGUUGCAAGUAUUGGGACUAUUCUUAUAAAAAUCAUAGUGCCUUGUCUCCAUGGUUAACAUGUUCGUGAGACUUUUUUUCUUUAGCAUCAACUUUAAGGUUAUUUUGUGCUUUGAUUAUGUUUAAUAUAUAGUUUGCAGUUGAAAGGAUCUCAGAAGAAGUAACUGAAAAAAAGAAUGGAUGAUGGGAGGAGGGGGGAUGUUAUGCCAUUAGAGCUUGCAAUGAAGAGAGAGUCUGCAUACCGAAAGAAGGUAGAGAUGAUGUUGUCGCAACUAUAUGGUGGUGAAUCUAGGGAAGACCCUUUCUCUUCCCAGGUGCCAUCUUCAAGCCCAAGUUCAGGGCCAAGCUUAUCAGGAACAAAGCGAAAAACACCGACUAGGAGCUCUCAGUGCCUUCCACCUCAGCAGCUGCAACUGCUUUAUAGUAGUCACACACUUGGAAACAGGAAAGAAGACUUAUUUUGCAAGGUCUGCCAAGUGGCAUGCCCAAGCUCUUUUCAUCUCAAGCAGCAUCUGAUAGGUCAGAAGCACAAGGACACACUUGACUUGAAAUCUGGUAGAAACAUUAGAGAAGAGGAUGCAAAUACCAGAAAAUGGUGUGACUUGUGCAAAAUUUGGUGCAUUAACAAAUAUUCACUCGAACAGCAUUUCAAAGGUAAAAAGCAUCAAGACAACGUACAAGAGCUGGAACUAGGUGGGAAAGAAGGCCAAAGGAAAACAAAUCAGGUAAAACUGUACUGCGAACUGUGUAAACUUUGGUGCAUGGAUGAGUAUGCAUUCAAUCAGCACCUCAAAGGCAAAAAGCACAUCCUUAACCUCCAUGCCUUUGAAGAGAAAAGGACGGCAAAAGGGAAAGGAUUGGCUGUGGACCAAAGCUCAACUAGAAAGAACUGAAGUAGGGGAUCAUCUAUUGAAGUGUAGAGAGUAGUUUAACCGGUCCAUACUCCUUGUUUCGCACCUAAUGUUAUGUCACACAGAAGGUAGGAUUUAUUGUUCAGCCAUGUUUUUCUCUUAUGCAAGUUAAAACUCUUAGGUUUUAGUCUUCAAUGUAAAAUUCUUGUUAUAGAACCAGAUGAUAGAAUAAAUAUGGACCUGCAUUAUAUUAACCAUUAUUCAGGA